GAGAAAGGCAAGAAAGAUAGAGCGGGGAUAUCUCCGGAGACUGGAUUUUGUGCAUUGACACUACAAUUGCACUACCUAUUCUUUGCGCAAAUUCAUCACCCGCCACGCAAUCCAGCAUGUCGGCACUGCAGACUUUUAUGCUGGUUGUGGACCACGAUAAGCAGGAAGCCCAGCAGAUCGCUGAACGUGUCGCUCAAGACGUCGAGAGUAAGAAGACGACCCUCAUUGAGGUGGUUCAGUCGCUAGUGGAAUAUGUCAACGAUGAAGACCCAAUCCUCCGCGGCAAAGCUGUGUCCUUUCUUACCGCGGUCAUCAAGGAGCUUCCCCCCAAAUUCCUCACGAGGCAACAAAUUCAAGUUUUAACGACCUUUUUUUGUGAUCGGGCUCAGGAUGGGGGUGCGGUUGCUGGGUUGGAAACGCUGCAGAAGUUGGAUCGGUUCAACAAGCCUCUGGCGGAGGAGGUUGCUCGGGCGAUCUUUGAACAAUUUCAGGACUUGCAGUCUCGUUCCCAGUCUCAACGGUUCCAGGUUUAUCAGUUGCUGAACGAAUUGAUGCUGAAUUACCGGUCUGCGCUUCAUGAUAUGGGCGAUGAGUCUCUGGUUGGAAUUGUGGACCUGGUCACGGGCGAGAAGGACCCCCGCAACUUGAUGUUGGUAUUUUCGAUACUCAAGGUGGUGAUGGUGGAAUGGGACAUCUCCACCCAUGCGGAGCUCCUGUUCGACGCAGUCUACAAUUACUUCCCUAUCACUUUCAGACCCCCGCCGAACGACCCGUACGGCAUCACGGCCCAAGAUCUGAAGGACCGCCUGCAGGACUGCAUUUCGUCGAAUAGUCUCUUUGCGCCACACGCUAUCCCGUCCUUGCUGGAUAAGCUUGAUUCGACGUCCCCGAAUGUCAAGCGGGACGCUCUUAAUGCUUUGAUUGCCUGUAUCGAGUCCUAUGACCCCAACACUGUAUCCCGCUACUCCAUCACGAUAUGGGAGACUUUGAAGUUCGAGAUCCUCAACGCCCAGGAAGAGUUCCUCUCCGAACUCUCCCUUAAGGUGCUGCAGGGCAUCACCAAGCGUCUGUCGGAGGGAAUCACGCAGAUUUCCGAUCAGUUGCCUCUUGCCCAGUACUUGCGCCCUAUCACCAAGGAAUGCAACGAGCAACUGCGGGAGCCGCAACAAAAACAGGCCAAGCCUGCUCAACAAAUCCUCAGUUCUGUAUCGUCUGCUUCAGCACCUGCAUUCACCCUGAUCGUCCAGACGGUCGUUGCACCCCUCUUGACCAUUUACCAAGAGGCUGACGGCAUUGCCAAGCAACGAGCUCUUCUGGACACGCUCGGGGUUCUCUUUGACUCGUCGAUCAAGGUGUUUGGGGAAUGGGCCUCGCGCGAUUCUGAGCUCACUUUCGAAAAUCCGCUCCUUGAAUUCAAGGACCAAUUCUCUGAGAUUUUCGGCCAGGCCUUGAUGGGUGCCAUCAAGGAGGAGGUCUCAUUCCGUACCUCUGCGCUCAAAGGACUCUUGCGUUUGUCCGUCCUACGCGACUACUUCCAGGACAACGAAAUCGGCUUGUUUGUGCAAUACCUCGAUGAGAUCCUGCUAAAGGAGGAGUCUGUCGGCCGAGAUGACAUCAAGAAAGAGGCAAUCACUGCUCUGACGGAGAUCUCAAAACACAAGCCUCGGUUGAUUCUAGACAUCACGUUCCCUGCGUUUGUGGCCACGCUCCCCGACUCGAUUGAAGAAGCGGACAAGGGGUACAUGAAGACUCUCGAUGUGCUUGCGAAGAUCAGUGUGGAGAAGGACAUUUUCGAGACUCUGGUUCGAAGACUGCUCAGCAAACUGAACGUUCUGCUGCAGCGCGAGCAUUCCGGCUCCGUGGAGUACCCCCGAGCGAUCCUCCUGACUAUCCUCUUCGUCAUGAACCAGAGAAAAAUGGAGGAAGACCCCAAUUUGGAGUUCUAUUAUGACAAGAUCGUGGUCAGUUUGUGCCGCAGCGCCGCAGCGGGCUCUACUUCCCCUGCCCCGAACAACAUUCUCAGCGAUGCCACCGUUCUGGACGUCCUAGGGCGAUUAUGCAACCUCAUCGUGCGAGCUCUGCCCAGGAGCAAGCAGGAUGAGAUCGCUCAGAACGUCUACACACUGUUCACCUCGACCGAGGAGUUCCAACCAGUGCCAUUUGCCCCGUCGCCCAACGCCAGCCAGAAGCGUACGAUGAUUCUAUCGACCGCCAUCCUUGCUGCGUUGCCCGCCGACGUUCCCAACCUGCCCUACGCCACCAAUCCCAACAUGUCCGCGCUCCUCGCCGACAUGGCCAACCGCGCGACUGGCGAGACGGAGCCAGCGACGCAGUACGCCUUUCUCCGACAUCUGGCAUUACUGGCCAACAAAUUCCUACCCAAGUCCGACCUGGCGCUGGCGUCCGACCUCUUCUACGCCCUCCUGCCACCGGGGAGCGAAACCAGCAGAGUCAACCCGGGCACGAUCCACACCCUCUUCUGGCUGUCAAAGGGCUUGGUCCUGCGCCUAGCCCCGACCACGACGCAGCACCUUACCUCCCUCCUCGCGCUGGUGUCGUCUGUGGACGAAGAAACCAGCCUCACGGCGGCGCGCAGCUUCUCCAUCCUCCUCCGCCACGACGAGAUCCUCUCCGCGACCAACGGGGCCAACAUCCGCCUUUUGUGUAGACAACGUGUCUUCACAACUCUGACGCCUCAGAUCUCCUCUCGCAUCCGCGAAGUCAAUCUCAGUUCCUCCUCUGCAGCGGCAGCCGAACCGCAGCCCCAAACCCAACACAUCAAACCCGCCCACCUGACCGCGCUAAGCGGCAUCCUCUCGACCAUCCCUCCCCCGCUCGUCCUCCCGGAACUGCCCACCCUCCUCCCGCUCCUCCUCCAGACCCUCGACCUCUCCACCGCCGCCUCCACCCCAGUCCGCCUCGCCACCCUCUCCACCCUGGCCGUCAUCAUCCGCGACAACGGUGUCGCCGUCAUCGACCAAUGCGGCCACGUCCAAAGCCUUGUCACGCGCCUCUUGUCCACCGCCGAGUAUUCGCCCGCCAACCACCACCCGAAACUCCGCGUCGACGCCCUCAACUGCCUCUACCUGCUCGCUCAGACCCCUGGCAGCAGCAGCAGCGGCGGCGCCGAGUCCGCCGCACCGGCCAUCGCGCGGACAGGGCGUCUCUCCCCACUCCUACCUGUGAAGAACCAAGUGGUGCGCGCCCUGCGGGCCAUCCUGGACGAUCCGAAGCGCGAGGUGCGUAAGGCGGCGGUGGAUGCGCGGGCCGCGUGGUUGCGGGGUGUGGAUGAUGCGGGUGACGAGGAGGAUUAAAAAAAUGGGGGUGGGGUUCCCCCGCCUCGGUUGCAGUUGUUGUUGUUG